AAAAUUCUCACUCCAUAACUUUCACACACUCUCUCACUCUAAAAAAAUUCUCAAAAUCUGAAAUCAGUUUGCAUUUGCUCGUGUGAAAUUGUUUAGCAAUGGCUAGGCCAAGAAGGUUCAAGGUUGCACCACCUGAAGCUGGUUCUGCAUCACAAACUUCGUCUAAUGGUAGUGAUCAUGUUAGCAUGCCACCGACACAUGGGCCUGAGCAUGCUUCAUCUGAAUCUGAUUCAUCGGAUGAUGAUGAUGUCCCUCCUACUUCUAGUGAGACUACUGCAAGUAAGAAGAAGAGCUAUUGGAUUGUCAGUCUUAUUGAUGAGGGUGGUACCAUUACAGAAAGAAGACUGAAGGUGCGAGAUAUUUGGUCACUUCCUACGGGUAAAAGAAUUAUCAUCCCGUGCAAUGAGCUUGGCCAACCAAUAGAUGAUGCAGGUGGUCUCUUGGGUGGCUUCAUGGGAGAUUUAGGGUCUGACUUUUCUAAAUUUCCUAUGUGUUACAAGUCAUGGCGUAAGGUUCCUGUUAACUACAAGAAUAGCGUAUAUGACGACAUUAUACAGAAGAAGAUUCUUGUGGAGGAUGGUCGAUUAAGAGACUAUAUGAUGAAGAGUAUUGGAAAGACAUGGAAAAAUACUAGAUGUUCUCUCUAUCAUCGCUUUUAUAAAGAGUCACUGACUUUUGAGGAAAAUGUUGCAAGACGUCCUGGUGGAAUUGAUCUUGACCAAUGGACAUGGUUUCUUCAAUACCGCAAGGAUAAGAAAACACAGAAGAUGUGCAAGCAGAAUGCUGAAAAUCGACGGAAGCAAACUUACACACACACUAAUGGUUCAAAAAGCUUACCUAGGAGAAAGGUUGAAGAGGAGCGUAAACGUGGGAGACCAAUGAGUAGAGGAGAGUUGUGGCCCUUGACUCACAAACGGAAAAACUCGACAUAUAUGAAUGAAGCAGCCAAGCUUAUUGGUGAGCAAAUAGAGAGGAUUGAAAGUCAGGAUGAUGUGUCAAAGAAAAUUUCAGAAUUUGAUUCACUUGCACAAGUGUUAGGAAAGGAACACGCUGGUCGGGUUCGAGGAGUGGGUUUUGGGUCGACACCUACUCAAGUGUUUGGCCAAACAACCUAUCAAUUUAAUGGUGUAUCUUCAACACAAGCUAAUCGAGAUCAUGAAAUGGAGGAGAUGAAGUUGAAGAUGCAGGAGCUUCAAUCAGUGGUGGAAAGUGAGAGAUCUAGAAGGCGAGCUCUUGAGAACUUUCUAACAAGAUAUAUAGUCCAACAAGGAAUGGAAUUGCCGGCUGAGUUGGCUGAUAUGGGUAGUGCUGCGAUUUGUGGGGUCCAUGUUCCACGUUUAUCACUAAUACCGUGA